ACAAGAGACAUCAACAAUAACAAAGGCAAAGAGCUCUGUUUCGGAUUGCACGGACACAAAAUCAAAAAUUUUCCAACGAUGGAUGAAAACAAGAACAAGGGGUCUACGGCACCGAAAACAUCGCCGGCGGUGGUGCACCCGGCGGUGGAACCACUCUCAUACCUUUUGGGCACAUGGAGAGGCCAAGGAGAAGGAGGCUUUCCCACCAUCCAUUCUUUCUCCUAUGCUGAAGAGCUUCACUUCUCCCAUUCCCCCAACAAGCCAGUCAUAGGGUACACUCAGAAGACAUGGAAACUUAGCUCUGGAGAGCCUAUGCAUGCUGAGAGUGGAUACUGGCGUCCUAAGCCUGAUGGAACCAUUGAAGUUGUCAUUGCUCAGAGCACUGGUCUUGUUGAAGUUCAGAAAGGGGCAUACAAUGCUGAAGAGAAAGUGAUACAGCUUCAGAGUGAAUUAGUGGGAAAUGCUUCUAAGGUUAAAGAGAUUAGAAGAUGUUUCCAGCUGGUUGAUGGGGUUCUUAGUUAUGACGUUCAGAUGGCUACCAAUUCAAUAACUCUUCAACCACACUUGAAGGCAGCCCUGAAGAAGCUCUAAAGCAAACAUCUUCCCCAAUUGGUAGCUGAAGAAUGUAUGUACAUCAGCAUUUUGGAGCCAUCUAAUGUGACUCUUUUUUAACAAUUUAGGCCACUGAUAAUUUGCUGUUAAUUAGCAAAGUAACUUCCUUUACAAACAAUAUACAAGGUUCUGUGUCUGACACUUGUAUACAUGGUUUUCAAGACUUAAUUUUUGAAGAACCCGACAUGAAUUAAUUUUAUUGAAAACAGACAAGCAUGAAUAAGAAAAUUAUGCUUCUCCUUAUCUAUGUCAGAACAUAUGCUUGAUUGAAGCUAUUGUGGUGCAGUACUAAGUGAAACUACUGUAUUUCUUCUUUACCAUCUGCUAUUGUUGAUGAACAUGCAAAAGGAACUACUCAUCUUUACCCU